AUGCCCCCAGUCAUUCACAGAACAACACCAAGAGAUCCGAGAACCGAACCACCAAAUAUUCAGGAAUGCAUCCAACAGAAUGAUGACCUGACGCUACCACCUCAUCCUCGUAGAUAUCAAUAUCCAGAAAAUUACUCUCGAGCAAUGAUCUGUUAUUGCGAAGAUGUAUAUUGGACAUAUAACGAAGGCCGUUUACCUUCUAACGUCGUGAUGCCUCCACGCCCCUUUGAUUGGAACAUACGUGGAAUAGCGCCACCUGAAGAUUUUGAUUAUGUUCCUCCACCUGGUGAGCCAUCUAUUACGAUUCCUCAUGAAGCGAUGGCAAUACGUGACGAAAGAGCAAGAGCUCACAGACAACAAAACCUACGAGAUAAUUCUGAAGAACCUGGUCUCUAA